AAUCUCUUCUUCCAAACUUCCGGUGCUGUGAGCUCGGCAUUGUUCCGUUCUUUGGGACUCUGGAGGGCUGUUUUCGGAGCUGAAUAUCAUAAAGAGAAGCUCUUCAGGAAUCUCUAGGUGCCUAAAGGACAAUUGGAAUUUGAUAGUAGCAAUACAGAUCCUGUCUGGAGGGAGACCACCUUAUAAGCCUGUAUGAUGACUGCAGAAUCCAAAGAGACUGCCAUCCUUUCUCCCCAGGCUCUACAGGAUCAGGAUGGGCCUAUAAUAAUCAAGGUGGAAGAUGAUCCCACUUGGGAGCAGGAAUCUAGUCUGCAAAGUAACAGUCACCCCAACCAGGAGAUCUGGAGGCAACGCUUCAGACAGCUCUGCUACCAGGAGACACCUGGUCCUCGAGAGGCUCUGACCCGACUGCGGACACUCUGUUGUGAGUGGCUGAGACCAGAGAUGCAUACUAAAGAAGAGAUCUUGGAACUGCUGGUGCUUGAGCAGUUCCUGAGUAUCCUGCCAGAGGAACUCCAGAUAUGGUUGCAGGAACGACAUCCUGAAAGUGGUGAGGAGGUAGUGAUGUUACUGGAAGAUUUGGAGAGAGAACUGGAUGAACCAGGACAGCAGGUCUCAGCCCAUACCCAAGAACAAGCAUUAUUCUGGGAAGGAGUGACACCCCUGUUCCCAGCUCCAUUGACAUUAAGGAAGUCAUCAAGCAUUCGGAUUCAAGCCAUGGAGAGCCAGUUGAAAUGUGAAUCUGUGGAGCCUCAUAUUGUCCAAAAGAUUGAUUGUCAGUCCAAGCUUCAGAAUGAAGAGUCAACACCUAAAAAUGAAAUAUCCAAAGUAGAACCUCCAGCAGUGGUAUCAGGAAGAUUCAUAGUUAACCACUGCAUCAGGGGCACAGCAAUGGACCAGAAGAAACAGCUGGGAUGUCAGAAUGAGGAUGACACAAAACAUAAGCAAUAAAAAUAAAUAAAUACCAGAGGGAUGGGACAGAUGGCAUGUCUGAAGUUUUUACAAAUAUGUAGCAAUCAAGAAAUCUGUACAAAUUUUCAAAAAAAGGUAGGUGAACAGAAAUUAGGAGGUCUAGAGGAACUGGGAGAAAAGGGGAAAGCAAGGCUUUGAUACCUAGGACUUGUUCCCACACCUUAAUGAGACUGACCUGGAAGAUUGUGUUUAUAAUGAUCAAAAACAACCAGGAUAUGAGUAAGCAUAACUGAAUCCUAGUAUUAUAGUUUAGAUGCUGAGUCAUUAUCAUCUGCUAUCACAGAAACUUGGAUUACAGAUCCAAGAUCUUGGUAGAAUGAAUGAACCUCUUGAAAUUUGAAUAUAUAGAUUAAAAUGAGGAGAGCAAACAUUUAACAAUACUUAUAUGAGCAGCACUGAAAGAGCUUUACAACAGAGUUAGAGGUCUAAGAUUGUGGCUUUAAGUAAAUCCUUUAGCCUUUCAGAGCCUUAAUUUCUUAAGGAUAAUGGAGAGAGAAUACAUGCAUCACAAACUUCAGUUUUAUUGUGAGGAAAGCACUUUGUACAUCAUAGUGAUUACCAACCAUUGAAUGUGACUGGGCAGGGAAUCAAAUGUAUGGGUGGGGAGUUGAGGGAUGGUAAGGGUUCACUAAAAUGGAUUAGAUAACUCAAGAGUGAUGGAUAGAUUAAGUAAUUAUGGGAAAAUGGAAUACAAGAAAUUUGUAUUAAAAAAAAGUCCUGGAUGCUUCCUAUCUUAGUUAUGGGAAGGCAAGGUCAUCUUGUUUAGAAUAGUGACUGGAAUAAGAUCAAUGGAGCAAAGGAGAGAGGAGUAUUUGGGAGCUAGGGAAUGAGAAGAGAGGUAUUUUAUAAAGUCUUUGAGAUUAAUAGCAGUGUUUGUUUAAUUAUAUCACAGAUGAAACAGGAUAGCCUACUUAUGAAUGAGACUGUCAAAUCGAAUAACAGCUUUUUUUCCUCAGUCCUGAUCCUAUAAAUCCCUCUGCUGCAUUUGACAGUGUUGAUUAGCUUCUUCUCCUAGAUAUUCUCUUCUAGGCCAAAAUAUUUUGUGUGUUUUAGUAAGAGUUAUUUUGUAAUGGCCCAAUGAUUAAAUUCAUUUUUAACUAGAAAGAAGGAUAUUGCAGCAGACAGGGAAUCUUGAUUGAUGGAAUGGCCAGAUAUAGGAUUUUAACUUUUUGAAGCAAAAGCUUUGUCUGAGAGGAACCCUUUCAGUGGGAUAGGUUCUCCCAUUCAUUCUAUGAGUUUGGUCUGAUAGAAGCUUGAUGUCCUUGAACAAGGAUAGUAGAAUUAUUCACUGGCUUUUAUUAAUAGUUAUUAGACAACUGGGGAGCUAGGUAGUAUGGUGGAUAGAUUACAGUGCCUGGAGUUAAGAAAACCCAAAUUCAAAUGUGGCCUCAGACUUUAGCCAUGUGAUUCAAGACAAGUCACUGUUUGCCUUAGUUUCCUCAUCUGUAAAAUGAGCUGAAGAAUCAUUCCAGUAGCUUUGUCAAAUAAAACCUCACCAACAAUAAACAACAAAGUUGAGUGAUUAAAGGGAGGGCUAAAUAAGCUUUUAGUCUUCAAAAAAUUGGAGGGGAAAGCAGAGGACUGGCCAAUGCAUCAACAAAAAAAGCGUUCAUGAAGUUAUGCAUGAUCAUUGCCUUUGAGAUUUCUCUGGAGAAUGUAUUAAAUCCUGCCAAGAUUAGACCUGUAAGGGAGAAGACUAGGAGUAGGAGUAUUAAGUGGGAACUCAAGUUGAGAAAUUUUAUCCUAUUCCUUCCUUCCCUCUUUGCCAUAUUACUUUCUAAGGCUUCUUCUAGAGACAGGAUUGAUGGAUUGUGAAUAAAUAAUAGCUAAUAAGAUGGUGAGCUAAUGGGGACAGUUCAGAUUUUUAUCAGGUGCAGAACUGCAUUGUCUAGGAGAGUUAGAGCUCUUAUAUUCAACUGAAUCAAUGGAAAGUUCUUGAUGGAAUUGCCCUUUAUCCUUUUCUAGGCAGACAAAAUGGAGAGUUCUGUGCACUUUGACUCCAUAAAUAGGAAUUUUCAAAAGAAAUGGGCUUAGAGGACCAGACUUGUGCUUUCUUCCUAAAAAUAAGGAAUCCUAGGACUCCUUAAUCCUCUUUACCACCUUGCUUUAGAUGCAGUUAGAUUCUGCCUUUUGGGGACAGCCUUGCUUGAAUAGGAUCAUUGUUUAACUAUGUGCAUUUCCCAGCUCAGACCACUCAUAUGCCUGGGCCAGUCAGUUGGUGAAAUGUGAGUGUUUAGGUACUCUUGAGGGUGAUGAAAGGUAGCAUGAUGUCACCAUUCCCAUGUUAGAUAAAUAAAUGAUGAUGAAACCCUUUUCUAUAAGGAAAUUUAGAUUUGGCUUUUGAAUCACAGAAUCAACAAGAUGAUUCAUGGUUAACACGUUAGUAAAAUUUAGUCUGAUUAGUAAAAUUUAAUCUGAAGAUUUAGAAAUAAGGUAUUAAAGGUAUUUCUAUCUUGCUAAUAUUAUUAUAUUAUAUUCUAUUAUAUUCUAUCUUGCUAACAUCUUCACCCAUUUAGCACAACUAGACCUAAUUGUUCAUAGCUACUUCUUUUUGUACAAACCUGGGAGACUUUUAGAAUUAGUUCCACUAGAACAAUAAUUCCCAACAUUUUCUGUUCAACAAAGUAAAAUAAAUAAAUAAAUUAAUGAACCUCCAAGGGAUUUAGUAAGUCAUUUAGAAUAUUCUCCUGGAUUUAUCUAAGUGCUUAAAAUACUUAGACAACUUUUAUCCCCCAAAAUUUCAAAUUAAAUUUUAUAUUACAUAAUUAUAAUGAUGAAAUUUUA